AUGUCGAGCCUAAACAACCUGCCCGAUGAGAUCAUACAGGAAGUGGUCAGCUACCUUCCCGGCAGAGACGUCAAAGCUCUACGUGCAACGUCGAAACGCCUUUGUACGGCGUCAGCACGAUGGCUGUUCCCCAUCCUUUACCUCUCAAACCACCCACUAGAUCUGCAGGUUUUCAAACUUGUCGCCGCAAAUACAGAGUUGGCCGGAAAUGUGAGGGAGCUCAUUAUCGACGACACCAGCCUCGCCCCUUCAUUGGGGGUGUGGAACAACUACCGGGCCCUCGCCGUCCGGGAAUCCGAGUUUUGGAAAGAUAGGCGGAAGCCAUACUUUGCUGACGACGAACCGUUUGAUGUACAGGGUCGAGAAUGGCCGCGAGAGCCAAAUAGGGUUUCUUACAAUCACCUGGUUGGCAUACUGGGCCAGCACCACCAAAAUCUGGCUAUGCGCGCCGACAUCGUGGCUCUGAAGGAGGCCUUGCCAAGAUUAACCGCUCUAAAGAGCUUAAUUCUGACAAACAGAACCGCCGACGAGAGCUUCAAGACCGGAGCACAGAGCCAGCAGUCGUCCAGUCCAACCGUGCGGCAGUGGAGGCAGCUUGGCCGCGAACACCGAGAGCGGCCGCCGUUUCCUCCACGAUGCGAUUGGGCAUGGUGGCGGCAGCCCUGCAAUAGGGAGGAAGAGUGGACCAGAGGCGAAGUAUACGACGACGUUCUCCAGCAUGCCAUUGACGAGAAUGGCGAGCCAUACGGCAGAGAGGAGAGCGAGGCAGAUACACAAGAUCUCCUGGCCAGGAACGAAGAGCGGCGGUCUCAACUGAGGAACGGCACUAACACUCAGCAGGACACAGAUAAUAUGCACCGAGAUUUUAUUGACAGGGAAAGCGACAGCGACAGCGACAGCGACAGCGACAGCGACAGCGACCGCUCGGUCGGCCGCUCCAUUGGUCGCUUCGGGCCCAAUCCUGCUGGACGCUGGAGCCCACGACGACGCUGCUUCGCUCGCGAGUCGCGUGGCAUUUACGUCACGCUCAUUGCUCUGUCCGACAAAACGCUGCAAUCACGUCUCACUGAGUUCCGGAUUGACGCAUCCCACGAUAUUCUCUAUGACUGGGGCCUAGUGCCGCCCUAUGUCUCAGGCGUCUCAUGCGCCAUCUUCCACAAAGAUGGUAGCUCGUUCGCCGAGCCCUUGAUCCAAUCGCUAAGAUCGUGCGCGCACCUCACAAAACUGGACAUCACCAUCGGCUGUGGUCUGGCCCAAGACCCGAGCGUCGUGCAUGACGGUACGCUACGUGACCUGUUGGCCUCAAUGCCGCACCUGCAGGAUCUCUCACUCGCGUUGCCAGGGGAUUCGGAGUCGCUAGCCAGGUACGAGCACGCGGUGUUUCCGAACUUGCGGCGCUUCAGGCUCGCGCGUGUCUCGCUGUGGCCGAAGAAGCUCCUUGGGUUUAUUCGUCGGCACGUCAGCACGCUCGAGGAGGUGCGCGUAGAGCAAUGCGUCGUACUCACCCUCGCCGUCAGCUUGAUGUCAAGUCUGGACGAGAUCCAGUCUGUGGCAGAUAUUGGGGACCUACCCUCCCUCGUGCAGGGCAUUACUCUCUUGGCUGCGACGCCAGUGUCGCGGCUCGUGGCUGGCAAAGUUGCGCUGGAUUCGGUGAUGGGUUAUGCUAAGGAACACGGAUCCGGUGGGCUGCACCCAGACCUGGUGUUUCGCCAAUCGCUGGUCUUACGAUAUUCGUGGACAUAUGGGGUUGAUGAUGGGCUUCGUACCGAGACACUUUCCAAUUGA